GGGAAAUGAUGCCUUCGCCCUUCCCGGGCCCGGAGGCUCCCUCUGCGGCUGGGUGACCCUGGGCAAGGCUGCAGACAGGGAAGCGGCGGAGGGCAGAAGGUAGCUGGCAGAGCAGCCCUUGCGAACAUGGAUGUGACUCUGCCGCACCUUGGAGUUCGUUCUCCGCUGUCCGGGGCUUAUCAGCCUCCGCUCCACGCCUGCCUUUUGCAGAGUCCAGCCUGCGCCCCGAGGAGCCGCUCGAGCUGCUGCUGGAUCGGGCUCCCCCCAAGUCUUUCUGCCAAGUGCCGCCUGCGUUGUCAACCCCUUGCCGGGGAGGGGUGAUGGUGGUGGUGGGAUUAAUAUGAACAAAUCCAUCUCGCGGCGCCCGGGGCUGCUCGUCUGAGGCGGAGCGGCUCGGCGCGCGGGGUUCGGUUGAAGAAAGCUGCUGCGGGAGGGUUUCAUUCACAGAAGACAGAUCUUGAGUUCUUCUUGACUUGCCAAUUCUCAGCCUCCUCAUGCCUCCAUCUCCUUUAGACGACAGGGUAGUAGUGGCACUUUCAAGGCCAGUAAGACCUCAGGAUCUCAGCCUUUGUUUAGACUCUAGCUACCUUGAAUCUGCUUCUUCUGCCAGUGAGAAUCACACAAGUCUCCUUGGCACAGCUGUUGUGUCCCUAAAAGCUGCUAAUCUCACGUAUAUGCCCUCAUCCAACGGCUCUGCACGCUCCCUGAGUUGUGGAUGCAGCAGCGCCAGUUGCUGCACUGUGGCAACUUACGACAAGGACAAUCAGGCCCAAACUCAAGCAAGCACCAGCAGCACUACCAACAUAGGAACCUCUACCACCUGCCCUGCUAACCAAAUGGUCAACAACAAUGAGAACACGGGCACAUUGAGUCCAUCGGGUGGAGUGGGGAGCCCGGCCUCAGGCACAACCAAGCAACUAGCUAGCAUAAAAAUAAUCUAUCCUAAUGACCUGGCUAAAAAGAUGACCAAAUGCAACAAGAGCCACCAACAGAACCAAGGGCCUGUCAUCAUUGACUGCAGGCCAUUCAUGGAGUACAAUAAGAGUCACAUUCAAGGGGCUGUUCACAUUAACUGUUCUGACAAGAUCAGCAGGAGAAGGCUCCAGCAAGGCAAGAUCACUGUCUUGGACUUGAUCUCCUGCCGGGAAGGCAAGGACUCCUUCAAGAGGAUCUUUUCCAAAGAAAUUAUAGUUUAUGAUGAGAAUACCAAUGAGCCAAGCCGAGUAAUGCCUUCCCAGCCACUCCAUGUAGUGUUGGAGUCACUCAAGCGAGAAGGCAAGGAACCUCUAGUUUUGAAAGGUGGACUCAGCAGUUUUAAACAGAACCAUGAAAACCUCUGUGAUAACUCCCUCCAACUUCAGGAGUGCCCAGAAGGCGGAGGAGGUGCAUCUGCAGUGCCGGCCACAUUACCUCAGUCCAUUCCCACCACUCCAGACAUAGAGAAUGCUGAUCUGACCCCCAUCUUGCCAUUCCUCUUCCUUGGAAAUGAGCAUGAUGCUCAGGACUUGGAGAAGAUGCAGAGGAUGAACAUCGGAUACGUAAUCAACGUGACCACCCACCUCCCCCUCUACCAUUACGAGAAAGGCUUGUUCAACUACAAGCGGCUCCCUGCCACUGACAGCAACAAGCAGAAUCUCAGGCAGUACUUUGAAGAGGCUUUUGAAUUCAUUGAGGAAGCUCACCAGUGUGGAAAAGGCCUUCUUAUUCACUGCCAGGCCGGUGUGUCGCGCUCUGCCACCAUCGUCAUCGCUUACUUAAUGAAGCACACACGGAUGACCAUGACGGAUGCCUAUAAAUUUGUCAAAGGCAAACGACCAAUCAUUUCGCCUAAUCUUAACUUUAUGGGGCAGUUACUGGAGUUUGAAGAAGAUUUAAAUAAUGGCGUUACACCACGAAUUCUCACACCAAAGCUGAUAGGGGUGGAGACUAUAGUGUGAUAGUGAAGCUAAGAGGUGGCAUAUAAUGAAGGGUUUAUCAUAUUCUUCACUUGAUAUGGGGGGAGAGGGGAAGGGUUGCGCUUUUU